CUCUCGCCACUUCCCUCACCUUCUCUCUCGUCAUCACACAUGGGGAACUGCUUGCCCAGCUUGUCUCGGGAGUCCAAGAGACACGAGAGCAGGAGCAGAUCUCAUGGUGAUGUGCUGGAAGAAGAAGUUGCUCCUGCACCGAGCAGAAAGGAUGAAAGGAAGCGAUCCGUUCGCUUUGUGGAUCAAGGCGACGGCAAGAAGGACCGCGUGAGGGUGAAGGUGGUGAUGACGAAGAAGGAGGCGGCUCUGCUGCUCUCCAUGCUCGCCAGCCGCAGGGCGAGCAGGGUGGAGGACAUGUUGCGCGAGCUGAAACGAGGCAGAGGUUGCAGCCUCAGCUCGACCGUGCCCGUCCCCGGCAAGGACUGUUGGAGACCAACGCUCGAGACCAUACCGGAGAUCUAAUCAUAGUACUGCCAUCUUUUCUGAUGACGGCAAAAGAUGGUUAAAAUUCGAAACUCUUCCAUGGAAGCAGUGGAUCGAGCUUAUGAGUGCCAGUGGACAUCCACAGGCCAUCCUAAUUGUAUCCACUUGAAUCCUUUGUGAACCAUCAUGUAAUCAAUAAUAGAUUUGUCUUGUGUUCCACAAA